AUGGCCAUUUCAAGUUGCUCAGCUUCGCAACCAGUUCAACUCGCUUGGAUCCGUGUUUCCACGUGUACAGCAUUUCGGCUGGUGCACGUUCUCGUCGCCGUGCCGUGUGGGUACCUGCCGAAACUCACUGAUGCAGAUUUUCUGCAGCGUCAAGUGCUGGCUUACGGUGGUCACUGCGGGAACGGAAUUGAAGAGUCCAACAAGGUUUUUUUGGCACGAAAUAUGCUCACGCGGUCGCUGGCAGUCGUUGCAAGCGAGAACAUUGAGGACGGUGAAGUAAUUGGCCAGUACCUGGGUGAACUGGAACACGUCAGCGCGGUUCGAGUAAACCGACCUCGCAACAACGGGUAUCGUCUCGUGAUGACUCAGCGACCUGAAGUUCCAGCCCACCCAGUUCGGAUCGCCAUUAAUGCCGAGCACAUGGGCGGGGUGAUGAGGUUUGUCAACCACUCUUGCCGACCCGCGGCCAGGUUUGCGGUGGUUGCAAAUGGACGGCGAACGACAGUAGUGGUUGUAACCACACGUGGCAUCCGCCACGGAGAGGAAAUCAGCGUCGACUAUGGUGAUGAUCUCUGGUUUGUGUGUCGAUGCGGCUUGGACACGUGCCGCCACGGUGGAAUUCAGGACCAGGAGGACCCGUGA